UGCCCCCUCCCGCCCCCUGCUCCUCCCCAGCUCCGAUGCCUGGCGGGGCUGCACCGCGCUAGGCCAGGCCAGCCCCUUAGCCCGCGGGUCCUCGCUGAGAUCUGCCAACCUCAGUGUCUCCCCCGCCCCCAGCUCUUGCACGUGGCCAUCGUGUGUGCAGGACACCACACCAGCCGAGACGUCGUCACUCUGGUCAAGUCCUUGCUCUUCUACAGGAAAAACCCACUGCACCUCCACUUGGUGACCGAUGCCGUGGCCAGGAACAUUCUGGAGACGCUCUUUCACACAUGGAUGCUGCCCGCUGUCCGUGUCAGCUUCUAUGACGCCAAUGAGCUCAAGCCCCAGGUCUCCUGGGUCCCCAACAAGCAUUACUCUGGCCUCUAUGGGCUAAUGAAGCUAGUGCUGCCCGGUGCCCUGCCUCCUGACCUGGCCCGGGUUAUUGUCCUGGACACAGAUGUCACCUUCGCCUCCGACAUUGCCGAGCUCUGGGCACUCUUCGCUCACUUUUCUGACGAGCAGGUGAUCGGUCUUGUGGAGAAUCAGAGCGACUGGUACCUGGGCAACCUCUGGAGGAACCACAAGCCCUGGCCUGCCUUGGGCAGGGGAUUUAACACAGGUGUGAUCCUCCUGUGGCUGGACCGGCUGCGGCAGGCUGGCUGGGAGCAGAUGUGGAAGCUGACCGCUACACAGGAGCUCCUCACCCUGCCCGCCACCUCGUUGGCCGACCAGGACAUCUUCAAUGCUGUAAUCAAGGGGCACCCGGCACUGGUGCAGCCCCUGCCCUGUGUCUGGAAUGUGCAGCUGUCUGACCACACGCUGGCCGAGCGCUGCUACUUGGAGGCGGCUGACAUCAAGGCGAUCCACUGGAACUCACCGAAGAAGCUGCGUGUGAAGAACAAGCAUGUGGAAUUCUUCCGCAACCUCUACCUGACCUUCCUGGAGCACGAUGGGAACCUGCUGCGGAGAGAGCUCUUCGGGUGCCCCAGCCUGCGCCCACCGGAGGCCGAGCAGCUGCAGCAGGCCCUGGCACAACUCAACGAGGAAGAUGCCUGCUUCGAGUUCCGGCAGCAGCAGCUCACUGUGCACCGUGUGCACAUCACUUUCUUGCCCCAUGAGCCACCGCCGCCCCGGCCCCACGAUGUCACCCUUGUGGCUCAGCUCUCCAUGGACCGGCUGCAGAUGCUGGAGGCCCUGUGCAGGCACUGGCCGGGCCCCAUGAGCCUGGCCUUGUAUCUGACAGACGCAGAAGCCCAGCAGUUCCUGCGUUUCGUCGAGGCCUCGGAGGUGCUCUCAGCCCGGCAGGAUGUGGCCUACCACGUGGUGUACCGUGAGGGUCCCCUCUACCCCAUCAACCAGAUUCGCAACGUGGCCUUGGCCCAGGCCCUCACGCCUUACGUUUUCCUCAGCGACAUUGACUUCCUGCCUGCCUACUCCCUCUACGACUACCUCAGGGCCUCCAUUGAGCAGCUGGAGCUGGGCAGCAGGCGGAAGGCGGCCCUGGUGGUGCCAGCAUUCGAGACCCUGCACUACCAGUUCAGCUUCCCCACUUCCAAGGCUGAGCUGCUGUCCUUGCUAGACGCUGGCUCUGUCUACACCUUCAGGUACCACGAGUGGCCCCGGGGUCACGCGCCCACAGACUACGCCCGCUGGCGGGAGGCUCAGGCCCCAUACCGUGUGCAAUGGGCUGUAGACUAUGAGCCCUACGUGGUGGUACCCCGUGACUGUCCCCGCUAUGACCCCCGCUUUGUGGGCUUUGGUUGGAACAAGGUGGCCCACAUCAUGGAGCUGGAUGCACAGGAAUACGAGUUCCUGGUGCUGCCAGAGGCCUUCACCAUCCACCUGCCACACACCCCAAGUCUCGACAUCUCCCGCUUCCGCUCCAGCACCACCUAUCGAGACUGCCUGCAGGCCCUUAAGGAUGAGUUCCUCCAGGACUUGUCCCGCCACUAUGGGGCUGCUGCCCUCAAAUACCUCACUGCCCUGCAGCAGCCUGAGGCUCCCUGACCUCCCAAGGCUGGGCCUGUGUGGCUCUCCGCUGCCCCUGGCCUGGGCUCUCACUCCGUUAUUUAAAUUAUUUAAGGUCUCUGUGGGAAGGGCCGCAGUGGAGCACCUGGGGUGGGGCCUGGGGCCUCCCUUUGCUGUUCGGUCGCUGGGGUCUAUUCUCCCUCUGCCCCAGCUGGUUUGGGGCUGGUUCCCCCCUCCUCAACUGUACACCUCUUUUUCAUAAUUAAUGUUUUAAAAGCUC